UGCUGGCCAGCAGCUGGACGGCUAGCUCGGCUCAGCUCCGUGGGUCUGUUCCGCCGGGGGCUGACUCACAUUCACCCUGUCUCUACAGACUGUCAUCGUGCUCCACAGGGCGGAGCCUCCAGCAUGGCAGCGGCAGCAGGAGGAAGGCUGAGCUUCAGCAACAUCACCGCCCUGGCUCCCAUGGUCCGGGUGGGGACUCUGCCCAUGAGGCUGCUUGCUCUAGACUACGGAGCUGAUGUGGUUUACUGUGAGGAGCUGAUUGACAUCAAAAUGGCCCAGUGUCACAGGGUGGUGAACGCGGUGCUGGAGACGGUGGAUUUCGUAGCUCCUGACGAUCGAGUGAUGUUCAGGACCUGUGAGAGGGAGAAGGACAGAGUAGUCUUCCAGAUGGGAACUGCUGAUCCAGACAGAGCCUUGACUGUAGCCCGACUUGUGGAGAAGGAUGUAGCUGCUAUUGAUGUGAAUAUGGGCUGUCCAAAGGAGUACUCCACUAAGGGUGGAAUGGGAGCUGCUCUUCUGUCACAUCCUGACAAGAUUGAGGCUAUCCUUAAGAAACUCGUUGCAGGAGUUACCAUACCAGUGACAUGUAAAAUCCGAAUCCUGCCUUCGCUGGAGGAAACAGUCAGUCUGGUCCGGAGGAUCGAGAAGACUGGCGUCACAGCCGUCGCUGUUCAUGGCAGGUUUAAGGAGGAGCGGCCCAGACAUCCGGUCCACUGUGAUUACAUUCAGGCUGUCGCUCAAGCCGUUUCCAUCCCUGUCAUUGCAAAUGGAGGUUCUCUGGAUCUGGUGAAGACCAACGCCGACAUCGAGGAGUUCAGGAUGGCAACGGGCGCCUCGUCGGUCAUGUUGGCUCGCGCUGCCAUGUGGAACGCUUCAGUGUUCACCAGCCAGGGACCACUUCCUGUCGAUAAGGUCAUGGAGGAAUAUCUUAAAUAUGCGAUCCGGUACGACAACAAUGCCUUUAACACAAAGUACUGUCUGUGUCAGAUGCUGAGAGACAAGGUGGAGUCUCCUCUGGGGAAGCAGGUGCAGGCGGCUCAGACCAAUGCAGAUAUCAGUGAGGCGUACGGGCUGCAGGAGUUUUACCAGCAGACUCAGGAACAGCUGCAGACCAGGAGGGAUGACCUAAAGAGCAGCAGCCAGCCAGACCAACCCAUCAUGGAUGGAGAUGUCACCACCAUGGCUGUGAAGUUUGAACGGAGGGAGUAUCCACCUCAGAUCACACCAAAGAUGUUCCUGCUGGAGUGGAGCCGCAAGGAGAAACUGGAGCAGCCGCUGUACGAAACGGUGCAGCGUUCUCAGGAUCGAGGCUUUCAGUCCACUGUGACUGUAGCAGAGAAGAAGUACAGAUCUUCACUGUGGGAGAAGUCAAAGAAAUUUGCAGAGCAAGCAGCUGCCAUUGUCUGCCUGCGAAUUCUGGGAAUACCGGAGGGACGCAUCGGUGAGGAGGACUCUGGCCUGGUCUGCAAGAGGAAGAGGGAGGGUAAGAUGAACGGCGCCACAGAGGAAGAUAGGAGCAAGAAACGACACGUGGCGGACAUCCUACAGGCAACAGAAAGCUCAGAGCCCGCUGUGGUGACCAACGGUUUGGAUCACAAACCAGCCGCACCUGAAAAACAGCCAGAGGGUCCAUGAAGAGUUGAAGGAACAGUGGACUCUUUAAACAGGAGGAGAAGACGGGAGCUGGAAGAGCAAUUCAAGCCUUCAUUGAAGCUGAUGUUGGUGUUAAAGAGCAGCAUUUAUUGGUCAUAUUGUCACACUGACUUGCAUCAUUUCAAGUUUAUUUUUAUAUAAUCCAAAAAUUAAGGCGAAAUUCAGAUUGUUUGCUUUCAAAUGCCUCUGGACUUUGUCUCUCUCUCUCUCUCUUUUUUUUUUUUUUUUUUUAACUUUCAUGGCUUCAGUCAAACUGGAAACUGCUCAGCCAGUCACCUGGAAGAGUCAACCCUCACCUUUGUUGUUUUCUUUUUAACAAAUAUAUUAUUUAAUCCAUGGUAACUGAGGAGGCUCACAUGUGGAUUUGCAGUCAGUCGGGAGCAGUGCUGAACAUUUAUGUUGAGGCUUCAUCAUAUCAGGUAUUUCAGAGAAAUGGGAAUUGUAACCCUGGUGCCUUUCAGAGCAACUUUUUUUUUUUUGUUUUUUUUAAUCCUGAUUUUAGAAGAGCCAUAAACUCAAUAUUUGUCUGUUUCGUUUGUAAUGAAGAGAAGACUGAACAGAUUUGUAGUUAUCACCACUGGGUAAGUAUAAUACGAUGUCAUAUGGCUGUAUGUGUACUUGUGUCCACCUCUGGUUCAUUACUUCUUAAAGUUUUCUUGUUAAAAGUCUUUACACACA